UAUAUAAAGGAAGGCCGCCAUUAAGCUAGCUAUACGAACUUGUCAAUUGAAGCUAGCAAUAAUAUAUUGCAGCAUUCCAUGAAAUGUGGAAGCUUAAGGUUGCAGAAGGUGGGGAAGAGUCCUCGGCUUACAUUUACAGCACGAACAACUUUGUGGGAAGGCAGACAUGGGAGUUUGAUCCCGAUGCAGGAACUGCUGAAGAGCGAGCUGAGGUUGAAGCGGCUCGUCUUCAUUUCUACAACAACCGCCAUCUGGUUAAGCCCAGUGGUGACCUUCUUUGGAGAUUGCAGUUCCUAAGGGAGAAGCAGUUCAAACAGACAAUUCCUCCAGUAAAAAUUGAAGAUGGCGAGGUUAUCACAUAUGAAAAAACCACAGAUGCACUGAGAAGGUCUGUCCACUUCUUCUCAGCGCUGCAAGCAAGCGAUGGCCAUUGGCCUGCGGAAAAUGCUGGCCCUUUAUUUUUCCUUCCUCCUAUGGUCAUAGUUAUGCACAUUACGGGGCAUCUUAACAGUGUAUUCUCUGAGGAGCAUCGCAAAGAAAUUCUGCGUUACAUAUACUAUCAUCAGAAUGAAGAUGGUGGUUGGGGACUACAUGUCGAAGGUCAUAGCACCAUGUUCAGCACAGCUCUCAGCUACAUUUGUAUGCGUAUUCUCGGAGAAGGACCUGAUGAUGGUGGCCAAGACAAUGCUUGUCCGAGAGCAAGAAAGUGGAUUCUUGAUCAUGGUGGUGUCACACACAUACCCUCUUGGGGAAAGACUUGGCUUUCGAUUCUUGGUUUGUUUAAUUGGUCUGGAAGCAACCCUAUUCCCCCAGAGUUUUGGAUUAUUCCUUCAUUUCUUCCUAUGCAUCCAGCAAAAAUGUGGUGCUAUAGUAGGACGUCUUACAUGCCAAUGUCAUACCUAUAUGGAAAAAGGUUUGUUGGCCCAAUUACACCCCUCAUUCUUCAAUUGAGGGACGAACUUUUUAUUCAACCUUACAAUGAAAUCAAUUGGAAGGAAGUACGCCAUCUAUGUGCCAAAGAGGAUAUCUACUACCCUCAUCCUUGGAUACAGGAUCUCCUUUGGGAUACCCUCUACAUUUCCACAGAGCCUCUUCUUACCCGUUGGCCCUUCAACAAGUUGAUCAGAGAAAAGGCUCUACAAGUGACGAUGGAGCAUAUUCAUUAUGAAGAUGAGAACAGCCGAUACAUUACCAUGGGGUGUUUGGAAAAGGCGUUAUGUAUGCUUGCCUGUUGGGCUGAAGAUCCAAAUGGGGACUAUUUCAAGAAGCAUCUCGCUAGGAUCCCGGAUUAUUUAUGGGUUGCUGAAGAUGGGAUGAAGAUGCAAAGUUUUGGCAGUCAGGAGUGGGAUACUAGUUUUGCCAUUCAAGCUUUGCUUGCUAGUAAUCUCAAGGAUGAAAUUGGACCAACGCUUGCUAGAGGACAUGACUUCAUAAAGAAAUCUCAGGUCAAGGACAACCCUUCUGGUGACUUCAAAAGCAUGUACCGCCACAUUUCUAAAGGAUCGUGGACUUUCUCCGAUCAAGAUCAUGGAUGGCAAGUUUCUGAUUGCACUGCAGAAGGUUUAAAGUGUUGUCUUCUGUUGUCGAUGAUGCCAUCGGAGAUAGUUGGUGAAAAAAUGGAGCCUGAGCGCUUGUACGAUUCUGUCAAUGUUCUUCUUUCCCUACAGAGCAAGAAUGGUGGUUUAUCAGCCUGGGAGCCAGCAGGGGCAGCAGAAUGGUUAGAACUGUUAAAUCCGACAGAGUUCUUGGAGGACAUUGUAAUUGAGCAUGAACAUGUUGAGUGCACUUCAUCUGUAAUCCAGGCUUUAGUUCUGUUUAAGAAGCUACACCCUGGGCAUAGGAAGAAAGAGAUUGAACAUUCCAUCACCAAUGCUGUACGCUACGUUGAAAAUAUGCAAAUGCCGGAUGGUUCAUGGUAUGGAGAUUGGGGAGUUUGCUUCACAUAUGGUACCUGGUUUGCACUAGGAGGAUUGGCAGCUGCUGGCAAGACUUUUAGCACUUGUGCAGCCAUGCGCAAUGGGGUUAGCUUUCUACUUACGGUGCAGAGAGAGAACGGUGGUUGGGGAGAGAGCUAUCUUUCAUGUCCACAAAAGACAUACAUUCCUCUCGAAGGAAACCGAUCCAAUCUAGUACAUACUGCUUGGGCUAUGAUGGGUCUCAUUCAUGCGGGACAGGCAGAAAGAGACCCAACACCUCUUCAUCGCGCAGCAAAGUUUAUAAUCAAUUCUCAACUGGAAAAUGGUGAUUUUCCCCAGCAGGAAAUCACUGGAGUCUUCAAGAAGAACUGCAUGCUACAUUUUGCAGCAUAUAGAAAUAUAUUCCCACUGUGGGCUCUUGCAGAAUAUCGCAAUUGUUUUCCCUUGCCUUCCAAGGGCUAAGGGGCUCCCUGUUGAAGGAAGUCGACAUCAUGUGUGCCUCUUCAAAUUAGGGUUUAGUCCUAGAGUUGUAAUAGGAGAAGGUUCUAGAUUUCCUAGUUAUGUUCGGAUUCUAUUACCUUUCUUGUACUUUGUAAAUUCCCUAUAUAAAGGGCUCCUAUUAUCAAUAAUAAGACACAAUUCUCUCUGCAAUUUCAUUUUUACUACAACGCGUUAUCAGCGCGCACGAGCCCUAACCCUAGCCUAAAAGAAAAAGAAAAAAAAAAACCCUAAACUCCCCUCACCAAAACUGCCGCAAGCUGCUCCCCGCGCUGCAGCCUACAGCCCGUGCUAGCCUCCUGCGCGCCUGCUCCCCUCGCUGCAGCCCACGUCCCAUGCUGUAGCCCUACCCCUGCAGCCUAAUCAUCGCGCUGCCCCCGCAGCUUUCCUGCGCACCCGUGUGCUCGUCCGCCUCCCGCGACCUGCAGCCCUGCAGCCUACACCCCGCGCGCACCUGCAGCCUCCUGCCGCAAGCUCCCGCGUUCCAGCUAGCAAAGCCACCGACCGGCAGCACCCGCAAACUACUUCCUGCAUCACAACCGAGCCAUUAGCCACGACCAGGAUUGUAAACAAGUUACAAUCCCAGAUUAGGAUCGAACAGCCACUGCAAUCCUAGCUUAGGAUUGAAGCAGCAUCUGCAAUCCCUACCCAGGAUCAAUAGCACGUCUGCAAUCCUUUCAAUGUUUCAAGCCCCGCAGCCUCCUGCCGCAAGCAUUGCAGCCCACUGCCGCAAGUCCCGCUGCUGCCCUGCGCUGAGCCUGCUGCUGCCCCGCCACCUGCUGCUGCCAAUUGUUGCUGCUGUUGUUGCCCUAACACACCUGCUCCAACACGCGCGUGUUCUCAAGCCCCGAAUCAUCAAGAUGUCGAAUGAACCAAGACUCGACUUUCCCAUGCUUGACUCAACAGGCUCGGAUUACCAUAGCUGGGUAACUGAUGUUGAGAACCACCUCACUUCAAAGGGAAUAUUACCCAUAAUCCAGGCACCUAACCCGGAUCUUGUGUUCACACGAACACCUACAAAGCAUGCUCAAGUAGUUAUCUUGAUGCGACGUCAUAUGGACAAAGCACUCAGAUUGGAGUACAUGUCGAUCAAAGAUGCAAGAGAGCUAUGGGUAGCGCUAGAAGAGCGCUUUGGCAAUGUCCAAGAUUCCCUCCUCCCUGACUUGAAGGUUCAAUGGAACAAUUUGCGCUUCGCUGACUUCAAGUCCGUUGCUGAAUAUAAUUCAGAAGCUCUUCGCCUACAAUCCAUGUUGAGAUUUUGUGGACAACCUGUCACAGAGCAAGAGCUAAUUGAGAAAACUCUCUCCACCUUCCCCGUUUCAGCAAUUGUGGUCUCAAAGCAAUAUCGUACCGAGGUCAAUGCUGGACGGAUCACGAGGUUUCAUCAGCUUAUCAAUGUUAUGUCUGUAGCUGAGAAACAUGAUAACAUACUCGUGAGGAAUUAUAAUUCAAGGCCCAUUGGAACUAAGAGCGUUCAUGAGGCGAAUUAUAAUGCACCCAAAGGAGGGCGCAAAGAGCGGAACCCUAAGAAUAAGGGACAUGAGGGACGUAUGGGUCCAUAUAACCGCCCUGACGAGGAAGGAAACCGCAAGUUUGGUGCGGAUACACGUGGUGGCAAUGCCACACGUGGGAGAGGUGGUUGUGGUAUCCCUGGCCGUGGUGGUGGCGCCAACCCUCAUAGGGAACGUCCACAACGUGCACCUCAAUUGAAGGGAGGCAACCACAAUGAUGUGUGUCAUCGAUGUGGAUUAAGUGAGCAUUGGUUCAAGCAAUGCAAAGCAAGCGAGCAACUAGCUGCAAGAUACAGGGCAUACAGGGACCUGAGGGAGCAAGAAGUAUACCUUCAGAAGAAGAAGAAAAUGGAGAAGAUGUCAAUCUCACCAUAGAGGACUUCAAAGCUGAAGAUGAAGUGCACAAGGAUGCCGCAGACUUUGAUUAGAAUAGUCCUUUUUAUUUUCCAAGAAUUAUGUAAUGGAAAUAUGCCUUAGUCAAUAAAUGACAAUUGUAUUAACUCUUUCUCAUGUGGCGCAUCCAAUGAAGUAUGAUGUCUAGGAAAGCAAUUGAGAUCAGUGGUACUUAAGAGAGCCUCGCUCCACCAACAUCUCUCUCUCUACUUUCCUGGUCAUAUUUGAUUGGAGUUACCAAACGGAUUGAGUGACUACAAUUUGUCUAAGUUUGAUUUUUUUAUUUUGGAUUAGACUUUGGAAACUUUGAUGUAAUCAUUGACUAUUUUUAUUAAUAAAGUAUCGUAUUAUUAUUCAA